CCGCAGGCACCAGGGCCUGACGUCAUCGGGCUGCCGCCCCUUUAUCCGGGUCUCCAGGGCCUGCUUUUCAGGUGACGCCGCCAUUCUAGGAACUUCUAUGAUGUCAUCAAAUUUGGAUUUCUCGUUAUGACGUCGCAGCGCUCGCAGUUCGUCAGUGUGGUUUUCUACCCCGGCUCCUCCCUUCGCUCCCACCAGGGCUCCGGGCUUUGCGAUGAAGCGGGGGUACGAUCCUAAGCCAGCCCUUGGUGGAGCAGAACGUCCCCUGUUUCCAGCGUAUCCCAAGGGACGACCUGGACGGCUCCAACGCCACCUCCUGAGCGGCGAGUUUGACCAGCUGCGGGACUUCCCUAUCUUUGAGAGCAACUUCAUGCAGGUGACCCGGUUUGGAGAAGUUGCCAACAAGGUCACCAUGGGGGUGGCAGCCUCAAGUCCAGCCCUGGAACUCCCAGAUCUCUUGCUGUUGGCUGGCCCUGCCAAGGAGAAUGGACGCCUGCAACUCCUCGGGCUCUUUCCCUUGCAGUUCGUUCAGCUGUUCGUCCACGAUGAAUGCCGCCGGCAGCUCAAGGUCAAGUUCAGCACUGGCCGUGUCUUCUACCUGCAGCUGCGGGCCCCGCCGGAGACCCGCGACCGUGAGUUCGGCCAGUGGGUGCGGCUGCUCUACCGCCUGCAUUUCCACUCGGCUGAGGGAGCUGUGCCCUUCACACAGGAGUACGCGCUGGAGGACGACGACGACGACGACGACGACGACGACGACGACGACGACGAGUCGCGGAUGGGCGGGGCGCCUGGGUGUGAGAGUCCAGGUGACCCACCCUCUCCUGGUCCUUCGGGGUGUCUGAGUAGAAGACAGCAGGGUGGGGCCGCAGGACCUGCCACUCCUAGCUAGGUGGUCUAGCUUGCUAAUGGGUCCAGCGGGAGGGAUGCCUGCACCUGAAGAGCUGGGCUCCCACGCCAGAUGACCACUCCCAGAAAGGCUGGGACAGGCGAGGAGCAGCCCUCCCAGACCCUGAGGGUGCUGCACCGGGCUCCCCUGCCUCCCCCACCGCCACCGCCCAGAGGCCCACCCCACCCCACCCCCCCCAGAC